UUUACACAUCCAACCAUCCAUUCCAUUUUAAUACAAAAUAAAACUAGUAAAUAAGUAAAUGUGCAUCGAAGUUUGUGAGCCAUGGGAGACAAACCAAGACCAAAGAUCACGAAAAUACCUCCGGUCUACCAGUUCAUUUUCGGAGGAUCAGCCGGCAUGAUGGCAACUUGCAUCGUCCAGCCAAUGGACCUGCUGAAGACCCGAAUGCAACUGCUGGGGCCUGCCGACAAGGACUACACGAUGGUUAAGAUGGCCAACGAGGUAGUCGCUAAAGAGGGUAUGGCGGGCCUUUACAGCGGAAUAUCUGCUGCUCUGUUCCGACAGGCUACGUACACUACCGGACGCCUUGGGAGCUUUAACGCAAUCACCGAUAUCUACACAAAAUCACACGGAACGCCAAACUUCGGCUUGAAGAUGCUCAUCGGUAUGACCGCAGGCGGCAUCGGCGCGCUAGUGGGGAACCCUGCUGAAGUUGCGCUCGUAAGAAUGACCGCCGAUGGCCGCCUGCCACCAGAGAAGCGAAGGAAUUACGCACAUGUCUUCAAUGCGCUUGGGAGAAUGAUCAGCGAGGAAGGUGCAGGCACGUUACUCCGAGGCGCCUCUGCCACAGUCUCCCGCGCAGCGGUCGUCAACGGCGCUCAACUAAGCUCCUACGCUCAAACCAGAGAGAUGCUCCUACCCAUGAUGGGGGAAACAAUGUUACUACAUUUCACUGCGUCUAUGAUAGCUGGACUAAUCACGUCUGCCGCUUCACUGCCGCUGGAUAAGGUUAAAACGAAAGUUCAAAGCGCUGCAAAAGGAGGAGAGCAAAAAGGCAUGGUCGGCGUAAUAUUCGAGGUGCUAAAGAAGGAGGGUAUCCUAGGGUUCUGGAGCGGGUUCCUGCCAACCUACCUCAAGAUAGGACCCCACACGGUCUUCACUUUCAUCUUCCUGGAGCAGAUAAACGCUGCGUAUUUCAGGGCGGUUAAUUCGUAA